AUGAAGUGGAAAAAUCAAACAUUUCAAAUGGAAUUCAUCCUCGUUGGCUUUUCCACCAUGCCAAAUAUUGAGUUGCUUCUAUUCCCAAUAGUCCUGGUGAUGUAUUUUAUUACAAUGACUGGAAACAUCCUUAUCAUAGUUACUGUUAUGAAAGACUCAGGCCUUCAGGCACCCAUGUACUACUUCCUACGGAACUUAUCCUUCAUUGAGAUAUGCUUCACUUUAGAUACCAUCCCCCAAAUGCUAGUCAACCUACUGUUGAAGAACAAAAGUAUCUCCUACGCAGGCUGUGCAAUUCAAAUGUUUUGCUUCUUCUACUUUGGAUGUGCUGAGUGUUUCCUCUUAGCUGCNNNNUCUUAUGACCGUUAUGUUGCCAUCUGUAACCCCCUGCACUAUGCCAAUAUCAUGAACAGGAGCUUCUGUCAGAGGUUGGUUGGUGGGGUAUGGUUGAUUGGCAUCCCUGUCUCAUUGUUACAGGCAGCCUGGAUCUUCAGCCUUCCAUUUUGUGGCAUGAAAAUGAUUGAUCACUUCUUCUGUGAUGCCCCUCCAGUACUGAAAUUAGUCUGUGCUGAUACUUCCCUUUUUGAAAUGCAAGCCAUAGUCUCUACACUUGUAUUCCUUAUAUUUCCUUUUGUUCUGAUCUUGAUUUCUUAUAUCCGGAUCAUCAUCACCAUCAUCAAGAUAUCUUCAGCAGCAAGUAGGCAAAAGGCCUUCUCUACUUGCUCUUCUCAUCUCAUUGUGGUGACGUUAUUCUAUGGAAGUGGGAGCAUUGUUUAUCUAAGGCCCAAUUCCAACUAUUCACCAGAAGUUAAGAAAUUGUUUUCUCUCUUCUAUGCAGUCCUUACACCCAUGCUAAAUCCCAUUAUCUAUACUCUGAGAAACCAUGAAGUGAAAGAAGGACUGAAGAGAAUUCUAGGACAUAAAAGCUUCUCAUAG